CCCUGGAUUUUUUUCUUUUUCAGAAUGGAGAAAAAAACUCGACCGAGAGAGAAAAGAGAUGAGCUCUUCUGCCACAGUUUUCGUAGCCAAUUCUUCUUCUUUGUCAUCAGUAACCCAUGUAAUAAACAGUAGCACUACUCCUCGUACUACUACUAAUGUCUUUCACCAUCAUAAACAACAACAACCUCCUCACACCUCUCUGUUUCUUCGUCCUCAAUACGCCUUCACUUUUUCUCUCCGAGUAACAAAUGAAAAUAGUAGAACAGAGGCGUCUCCUUCUGAUGACGUAGCCACGUCAUCAGAUGCAGAUGCCAUUGUUGAUGGCAUGAACUUUGGUGAACUCUGCAAUGAUUUCGAGUGCAUCAGCAGCCCUUCUGUCGAAUCCACCGCUCGACAACUCGUUCGUGACAUUCUUCAACUCAGGCAGGGCAAUCGUGCCCUUGGUACUUUUGCCGUUUCUGUCAAAUACAAGGAUCCAGUUAGAAGCUUUACUGGCAGAGACAAGUACAAGAGACAAUUGUGGGCUACUGAUGCACUCGACAAUCUCUCAGUGAGUGUGCAGCAGAUGACGAUGUUAUCAACAAGUGUCCUAAACAUCAAAUGGACUCUAAAAGGAAAACCCAAGUCUCCAAUUUCCAUCAUUGGAGGAGACUUAAUUCUCAAAGUCAACUCCAAAUUCACUCUCAACCAAAUCAGUGGCCAAGUCAUCGAGCACGAAGAAAUAUGGGAUUUAUCUGCAUCUUCACCCAUCACUCAAGCAUAUUUCUGGACUUCGAAACGGAUAUUCGCCACAGUUGAAUCCGGAAAAGACAUUUCCGAUUUCAUCAAGGACUUAUCCAACAGGGCAACAAAACAGAACAAGAACAUCGAAAUAUAUCCGGACCCCACCGGUGAUCCUACAAAGUUUUUCCAGAGGGAUGACAGUUUUCAAAGAGAUGUUUACCAGAUUGCCCUGUUUCUUGCAGUCGUGUAUUUUGUUGUACAGUUCUUGAAAGCAACCUUAUAAAACCUAAAUCCUAGGUUCAUUUUGUUUUUACAGUGUAUAAAUUCUAUAAUAUGUCGUACGAGCCAGAAAAUACCGAAGCAGAUCAAAGAAAUGUCAGCAAACACUUCCUUUUA